GUUAGCUAGCAGAGCUUAUUAGCCUGCUACAACGAGCUAAUGUUUGUAGGAUAUUAACCGUGAGCCGAAUUGGGGUGGAUGAUAGAAAUAGUGUAGAAAAAUGGCGGACGUCGAGGGACAAGGAAUUUGUUCGUCGGUCCCUCCGUUGCCUCACCCUUCCUCUCGGAACGGCUCCGGUAGCGGUAACGUUACACCGGGCACCGGCGGCAGCUGCCAGACGGCCACCACCGUUACUUCAGGCCCACGGCUAGUCCGGAUAGUAAAGUCUGACUCGGGCUAUGGGUUCAAUGUUCGGGGACAAGUUAGUGAAGGCGGGCAACUACGGAGCAUUAACGGGGAACUGUACGCUCCACUGCAGCAUGUCAGUGCUGUGCUACCGGGAGGUGCCGCCGACAGAGCCGGUAUUUCGAAGGGGGACCGGAUCCUUGAGGUUAAUGGGGUGAAUGUAGAGGGAGCGACCCACAAGCAGGUGGUGGACCUGAUCCGGGCUGGAGAGAGGGAGCUGGUCCUGGCCGUGCUGUCCGUCCCACCCCAGGAGGCCGACUGCUUGGAUCCCGGAGAUGACGUUUCAGCCCAGUCCUGCUACGACUACUCCGACAAGCAGGCCGUCCCCAUCUCUGUGCCCAGCUACAAACACACUGAGCUCAAUCAGGAAAAGUUUGUGGUUUAUAAUGUGUACAUGGCAGGCAGGCAGCUGUGCUCCAAGCGUUACCGUGAAUUUGUGAUCCUACACCAAAACCUGAAGAGGGAGUUUGCUAACUUUACGUUCCCAAAGCUGCCAGGGAAAUGGCCUUUUUCCCUGUCGGAGCAGCAGCUAGACGCACGACGCAGAGGCCUGGAAGAAUACCUGGAGAAAGUGUGCUCUGUACGGGUAAUUGGAGAAAGUGACAUCAUGCAGGAAUUCCUGUCUGAAUCAGAUGAGAACUAUAACGGCGUGUCAGAUGUGGAGUUGAGAAUAGCCAUGCCAGACAAAACCACACUCACCGUCAGAGUUCGCAAAAACUCAACUACAGACCAGGUUUACCAGGCUGUUGUUAUGAAACUAGGGAUGGACAGCGUAACAGCGAGCUACUUUGCUCUGUUUGAGGUCAUCAACCACACCUUUGUGCGUAAACUUGCCCCCAACGAGUUCCCCCACAAAUUGUAUGUACAAAAUUAUACCUCAGCCAUCCCAGGAACCUGUCUCACCCUGCGCAAGUGGCUCUUCACCACAGAAGAAGAAAUUCUGCUCAAUGACAACCAGCUGGCUGUCAACUAUUUCUUUCACCAGGCUGUGGAUGACGUGAAGAAAGGUUUCAUUAAAGCAGAGCAGAAGUCCUACCAGCUGCAGAAGCUGGCCGAGCAGAAGAAGAUGUCCAUGUAUCUGAGCUUGCUGAGGGGUUGCGAGGGCUACAAUGAGAUCAUAUUCCCACACUGUUCCUGCGACUCCCGACGUAAAGGCCACGUCAUCACAGCCAUCAGCAUUCACCACUUCAAGCUGCACGCCUGCACCGAGGAAGGGACACUGGAGAACCAGGUGAUUGCGUUUGACUGGGGAGAGAUGCAGAGGUGGGACACGGAUGAAGAGGGCAUGGCCUUCUGCUUUGAAUAUGCUCGAGGAGAGAAGAAACCACGCUGGGUCAAGAUAUUUACACCCUAUUUUAACUACAUGCAUGAGUGCUUCGAGAGAGUAUUCUGUGAGCUGAAGUGGAGAAAAGAGGUGGAAGAGGAGGCUACAGACAAGGACAAUAAGAACUGCAGUAAAGAUGGUAUGUGUGGCAAGAAUAUUUUCCAGCUGCUGAGGCACAGAAGGGAUGGAGGCACCUAGGAAGGGAGAUCGUUACCUCUUAAUUAGACACCGUCGUCGCCAACUCAGCUGAGUUUGGCCCUCAUCUAUCCCCAGACCCAGCAACACUCAGCUAUUAACUACAUGGUUAUCAUUUACACUCCAUCGGCUAUAAUCUGAGAAGCUACCCCUCCCUCCCUCCCUCGGAUACAUGCAAACCGACAAGCACCUGCAAAUGAACAAAUCAAAUACAUGGAACCAUAAAAAGCUACAGACACAUGAAACAGAACUCUUGAACCCAGUGCACCAUAAUCAUGCAUUGAGCAGUGCUCUGUUGAAAAGAAAUGAGGCCUCUAUGACCUUAAAGUCAUGGAUUCAUGCAAGCCUUCUUCCUACUGGCAGGGACUUGAAGUGGAAUGUGACUUGUACAUGAGGAGGUGUUUAGCCUCCUCAGAAAUAAUCCUACCGGGAAGAGAGAGCUGACGUGCAGAAGGAAACAUUGUUGGACUAACAAGUGGAAGCUGAUAGUGCUUGUCGAAGGGGAACGCAGACAACACUAAUGAGUGAUACUGGAGGAUUGACUGCAGGAAGACACGUCGUUUCUCCAUUUACGGAUCAUAGCAGCAGUGUCCCCCUUUAUCUUUUUUUUGGCCAGUUGUUAGUGUGCAAAUGUGUUUGUGCAUAUGUGUGCCGGGGGGGGGGUCAAAAGGCACCAGAGUGAGGCCCUCCGAAUGUAAGUCACAGCUGAAUUGCAUACACACAUUGCAGAUCAUUUUGCAUUAAUUGAAGAGAACUUUUGACAUUGUAAUGUGGUAAGUGAGAGAAAGGGGAGAGAAAGCAAACAUUUUGUAGACUUUUUUUUUUCUUUCAUUCAGAGAGACAGCUGUAAUGAUUUGAUGAGCAGGAACAAUGUUAAACUUCUGACUAAUGUUGCACUUUAUCCAACAGUAUUUACAUCCUCCAAAUGUGGGAAGCAGAUAGCUGCAAAAUACUGGAACUAGCCUGUGCUUAGUUUACAUUCAUUUCUGACUGACUGACGACAGUAUGAUUAUGUGCUGCAUCAUCAAACGGCUGCAGAGCCAUGCAUUAAACUUUUAUGUAUUUAUAGUA